UUUGCGCGUACUGACUGGCCGAUGCGAGAAUCAGAACGCCCGUGGUAACCAAAUAAAGCCCUCUCCGAUCAGACCACCGGAUCUGCCACAGCGAUGGCGGAGUCAUCGGGGACAACUCUGAUGGAUCUGAUCUCGGCGGACCCAACUCCGGCUCCGUCGCAGUCUUCGACUUCGUCGGCCUCUGCUGCAACGGCGAGAGACUCGUCUUCGUCGUCGGCGUCGGCGUCGGCAUCUUCGUCAAUGGCUUCACAGAUGCACCACCCUGUGUCGACGAAGACGACGUUGGGAGAGAAGAAAUCGAAGAGAGCUGCUCUGAUGCAGAUCCAGAACGACACUAUGUCCGUUGCCAAAGCUGCGUUGAAUCCCGUCAAGGCUAAUAUCAUGAUGCAACAGAGGCAGAAACAGAAAAAGAAGCCAGUUUCAUAUGCCCAACUUGCAAGGAGCAUUCACGAAUUAGCCGCCACCUUGGAUCAGAAAAGUUCCCAGAAACAGCUAGUAAAUCACGUGUUUCCUAAGCUUGCUGUGUACAACUCUGUUGAUCCUUCUCUGGCCCCAUCUCUUCUUAUGCUUGAUCAGCAAUGUGAAGAUAGGAGUGUCCUACGUUAUGUCUAUUAUUACUUGGCUAGAAUUCUGUCCGAUACUGGUAUGAGUCCAGGUGGUGGUAUCCCCACUCCGAACUGGGAUGCUCUGGCUGAUAUUGAUGCUGUUGGAGGAGUCACAAGAGCUGAUGUUGUUCCUCGAAUAGUAAAUCAGCUUACAACCGAAGCUUCAAAUCCAGAAAUUGACUUUCAUGCUCGGAGACUGCAGGUUUUGAAAGCCCUGACGUAUGCUCCAGCAAGCAACACUGAGAUUUUGUCAAAGUUAUAUGAGAUUGUUUUUGGCAUUCUCGAUAAGGUGGCUGAUGUUCCCCAGAAACGGAAGAAAGGUGUCUUUGGGACAAAAGGGGGUGACAAAGAGUCAAUCAUUCGGAGUAACUUGCAAUAUGCGGCUAUGAGUGCAUUAAGAAGACUUCCUCUUGAUCCAGGAAAUCCAGUUUUUCUGCAUCGGGCAGCUCAGGGUGUUUUAUUUGCUGAUCCUGUUGCCGUGAGACAUUCGCUGGAAAUUUUGUCCGAGUUGGCCAUGAGAGACCCCUAUGCUGUUGCUAUGACAUUAGAGAAGCUUGCGUCCCCUGGAGGGGCUUUGCAAGAUAUCCUCCAUUUGCAUGAUGUGCUUGCCAGGGUUUCACUGGCUAAGUUGUGCCACAGUAUAUCUCGAGCUCGAGCGUUAGAUGAAAGGCCUGAUAUUAGAUCUCAGUUCAACUCGAUUCUCUAUCAGCUACUCCUGGAUCCGAGUGAAAGGGUAUGUUAUGAGGCAAUCUUAUGUAUUCUGGGAAAGUAUGACAACACCGAGAGGUAUGAACCCCAAGACCUUCGUGCUGCUGGGUGGUAUCGCUUGACUAGAGAGAUUCUGAAGUUGCCAGAAGCCCCAUCUUUGUCCAAGGAUAAAUCUCAGAAGACUAAGCGUCCACAACCUCUUAUCAAGCUUGUAAUGAGAAGGUUAGAGAGUUCAUUUCGUAGUUUCUCUAGACCAGUGCUUCAUGCAGCUGCAAGGGUUGUGCAAGAGAUGGGAAAGAGCAGAGCUGCAGCUUUUGCUCUGGGUUUACAGGACAUUGAUGAAGGAGUUGAUGUUAAUGCAUUUUCUGAUGCUCUAGAUGAUGCAGACUCUAUCGACAAUUCUCACCCAGAAGGAAUUCGGAGAACUUCAUCUAUAUCUGGUGGGCCUGGCCGUAAUGAUACAAUUGCGAGUUUAUUGGCUUCACUGAUGGAAGUAGUUCGAACAACUGUAGCAUGCGAGUGUGUUUAUGUCCGUGCGAUGGUGAUUAAAGCAUUGAUAUGGAUGCAAAGCCCUCAUGAAUCAUUGGAUGAGUUGAAAUCAAUCAUUGCCUCCGAGCUUUCUGAUCCAGCUUGGCCUGCAGCUCUUGUCAAUGAUGUUUUGUUAACUUUGCACGCUCGUUUUAAGGCAACACCAGAUAUGGCUGUUACUCUGCUCGAAAUUGCAAGAAUAUUUGCUACCAAGGUUCCAGGGAAAAUCGAUGCCGACGUUUUGCAGCUGCUGUGGAAGACAUGUCUUGUUGGAGCUGGUCCUGAUGGCAAACACACAGCUUUGGAAGCAGUCACAAUAGUGCUCGAUCUACCACCACCACAGCCUGGGUCCAUGUCAGGGCUGACAUCAAUUGAUAGGGUCUCAGCAUCAGAUCCAAAGUCAGCUCUGGCACUGCAAAAAUUGGUGCAAGCAGCGGUGUGGUUCCUUGGUGAAAAUGCAAAUUAUGCUGCUUCAGAAUAUGCAUGGGAAUCUGCAACCCCACCUGGUACUGCACUUAUGAUGUUGGAUGCUGAUAAAAUGGUUGCUGCCGCCAGUUCUCGCAAUCCGACCCUGGCUGGUGCUUUAACUCGACUCCAGAGAUGUGCUUUCAGUGGUAGCUGGGAGGUCCGAAUUGUCGCAGUUCAAGCUCUUACUACAAUGGCUAUUAGAUCUGGCGAACCUUUCAGGCUGCAGAUAUAUGAAUUCUUACACACUUUGGCAGAGGGUGGUGUACAAUCUCAACUUUCUGAAAUGCAUCAAAGUAAUGGGGAAGAUCAAGGAGCUAGUGGUACAGGACUUGGAGUUUUGAUAACUCCAAUGUUGAGAAUUCUUGAUGAAAUGUAUGCAGCACAAGAUGAAUUAAUCAAGGAAAUACGUAAUCAUGAUAACACCAACAAAGAAUGGACAGACGAGGAGCUGAAAAAACUAUAUGAAACUCAUGAGAGGCUGCUGGAUCUUGUUUCCUUGUUUUGCUAUGUUCCAAGGGCCAAGUACUUGCCUCUGGGUCCAAUAAGUGCAAAGCUCAUUGACAAGUACCGCUCAAAACACAAUAUCAGUGCAUCUACUGGAUUAAAUGACCCAGCUGUUGCUACCGGAAUUUCAGAGCUUAUAUAUGAGUCUACCAAGCCUGCUCCUGCUGCCUCGAUUUCUAGUGGCCUAGAUGAUGAUUUAGUGAAUGCUUGGGCUGCAAACCUUGGUGAUGAUGGUCUGCUUGGAAACAAUGCCCCAGCAAUGAGCAGGGUCAAUGAAUUCCUUGCUGGAGUUGGAACCGAUGCACCAGAUGUCGACGAUGAGAAUGCUAUUUCUAGACCUUCGGUUGGCUAUGACGACAUGUGGGCAAAGACUCUUCUUGAAACUUCAGAAUUAGAGGAAGAUGGGAGGUCAUCCGGAUCUUCUUCUCCAGAUUCAAUUGGAUCAAUGGAAAGUAGUAUGUCCUCUCACUUUGGUGGAAUGAACUAUCCAUCAUUAUUCAGUUCGCGGGGCUCACAAGCCACGGAAAAAUCGGGUGGAAACAGAUACUCAUCAACAUUUGAGGGCUAUAGUUCUCCGAUUAGAGAAGAGCCUCCUCCACCAUACUCAUAUUCUGACGCACAAGGGUAUGAAUCAUUUGAGAAUCCCUUAGCAGGAACCGGUUCUGGAAAUUAUGGAUCAGAUGAUGAAGAAGAAACUACAACUACUAGUAGUGGUACUGGUACAAAAUUUGGAUCGGCGCUCUAUGACUUCACAGCUGGUGGAGAUGAUGAGCUGAACUUGACAGCGGGAGAAGAAGUGGAAAUAGAAUAUGAAGUUGAUGGAUGGUUUUAUGUAAAGAAGAAGCGCCCAGGCAGAGACGGAAAAAUGGCCGGCCUUGUUCCCGUCCUCUACGUGAAUCAAUCUUAGAGAGUGCAUUUUCACGACAAGUUCAUCCUUUUAACAGUGUGAGACGGGGAUUCGUGGGACAAUUCAUCGUUCUUCUAUCAGAUUUCAAGACGAAAGGUGCAGGCCCCGAGAUGGGGACCCCAUAGAUGUCCGGACCGCAGCAGCUUCUUCGGUUUGAUCUUCUUUGCCUUUUCUUCUGUUUUGUGCGGAGAAUUUGGUAGGAAGUUUAGAAGUUCUUUGUGUAUUUUAUUUCAUCUACUGUUCGCCUCGUUGAGGUAUGUGUGCGUUUACACCGAAGAAACAUGGAUUUGUUUGUUUUUACGUGUCCAAUGAGUUCAUGUGAUUGACACUUCCAUAUGAAUGAAGUGCAGCCGAGAUUUUACGUUGUUCGA